UCUGCCUGCAGGAUGCUGUGAGAGACUCUUUACAACACUGAAACCUACACCACCUAGAGCUUUUCUAUUAAUUACUACAAUUUAACUUUCACAGGAACAUGGGAAUUUGGGAAUAUACUCUAUAUUUUACCACCACAACCUGCCUAUGGAGUGUGUCACUUCAGGGAGAGCAGCAGAGGAGACUCUACAGAGACUUGAUGAAAGACUAUAACCCGCUGGAGAGACCUGUGUUCAAUGACACACACUCACUCACUGUGUAUUUCAGCUUCAGUCUCAUGCAGAUUAUGGAUGUGGAUGAGAAGAAUCAAGUACUUACAACCAACAUUUGGUUACAGCUGUACUGGCAUGACUACUAUCUUAAGUGGAACAUUUCUGAAUAUCCCGGAGUGACGAGCGUACGAUUUCCUGACAGUCAGAUCUGGAAGCCUGACAUCUUACUGUAUAACAGUGCUGAUGAAAGGUUCGAUGCUACAUUUCAUACUAAUGUGUUGGUGAAUUCCUCUGGUGCCUGCCAAUACCUACCACCAGGGAUAUUCAAAAGCACCUGCUACAUCGAUGUUCGCUGGUUCCCAUUUGAUCUUCAGAGGUGUGAUUUGAAGUUUGGCUCCUGGACUUAUGGGGGAUGGUCUCUGGACCUGCAGAUGAUUGAUGCUGAUGUCACAGGAUAUAUUGCAAAUGGAGAAUGGGACCUUGUGGAGGUUCCAGGUCGAAGGAAUGAGAGAUUCUAUGACUGCUGCAAGGAGCCGUACCCAGAUGUGACUUUCACGGUGGUGAUGCGGAGACGGACGCUAUACUACGGUUUAAAUCUGCUUAUUCCCUGUGUACUCAUCUCUACUCUGGCCCUGCUGGUCUUCCUCCUGCCUGCUGACUCAGGCGAGAAGAUAUCUCUUGGGAUCACAGUCCUGCUCUCAUUGACAGUUUUCAUGCUUCUGGUAGCAGAAAUAAUGCCAGCAACAUCAGACUCUGUGCCUUUAAUAGCUCAGUAUUUUGCCACCACCAUGGUUAUUGUUGGCCUGUCUGUGAUAGCCACAGUCUGGGUAUUACAAUACCACUACCAUGAUCCGGAUGGAGGAAAAAUGCCAAAAUGGACCCGUGUGGUGCUGUUGAACUGGUGUGCAUGGUUCCUGAGGAUGAAGAGGCCUGGCGAGGACAGAGUUCGCUCAGCGUGUCACAAUAAGCAGCCACGCAGUAGCCUCUCCAGCGUGGAUCUGAACAUCAGCACUGGAGCCGCACAGUCCACCAAUGGAAACCUGCUGUACAUCGGCUUCCGUGGAAUGGACACUAUUCACUAUGCCACUUCACCCGAUUCAGGGGUGAUCUGCAGCCGGCUUGUCGGCACAGGUGAGGAGGAUGUCCUGCUCCCUGGGGCUCAAGCGUCUUCCGUUAGUAGCGGCCCUGGAGAAAGUGAAUUGUCCAAAAUCUUGGAUGAAGUUCGGUACAUUGCCAAACGCUUCCGGGACCAAGACGAGGAGGUGACUAUGUGUAAUGAGUGGAAGUUUGCAGCAUCUGUCAUUGACCGUCUUUGUCUCAUGGCCUUUUCUGUGUUCACCAUCCUCUGCACCAUUGGCAUCCUAAUGUCUGCACCUAAUUUUGUAGAGGCCAUAUCCAAAGAUUUCUUUACCUGAAGCCUUUGCAUUCCCUCUGUUGUAGUUAUUUUUAUUUCUCAGAGUCUCUUAAUUGUAGCAAUAUAUUUAUUUUA